AAAAGUGAGAAAAUCAAAGUAAAUGUGCGAGGUGCAAUGGAACGCAUUGCAGGCUCGAUCUCGAGCCACAAGUCCAAACAUGUGAAUGCUCGUGGUGAUUCCAAAGAAUCCAUCCAGUCUGGGCAGGCAAGGCCAGGUCCCUCGACGACAAGGUGUGGUGCAAACAUGUCCUUGAAAAUUCGCGAAUCGUGAUUGGUAGGAAAAUGAGGCGGUACCGAGACGUUUUGUUUUGCCUCAUCAUCAUCACACCCACACCAUACGUACCACCAUCUUU